AUUACCUAAUCCCUGACAAAUCUAUAGAUUACUUAUGCAGGAACAUAGACACUAAGAAAUCAGUAAGGUUAGCUUAACACCUACUGAUUCAGCGGCUUUUGUCAUGGAUAAAAGGAAGUAUUAUGACAAGAAUCACAAUAAUAGAGGUUCUUCAAACUCUUCGAAUGGAGGCAAAAGAAAUGUUUAUUUCAGUGACCACUGCAAAAUCUCGGGACAUACUAUGGAUAGGUGUUUCAAGAUCCAUGGUUAUCUAAGUUCCAAUAAGGCCGGUUCAAACAAAAAAUUUGCCGGUUCUGUUGGUAGCAUUGAUGAGGUAAAGAUGGAGGUGGAUAAUACUGGUUUUACUCCUGCACAAUACAACACUCUCCUUAUGCUUCUUAACAAGAAAGAUUCCAUGUCUGAGAAAGAUACUUUCACUACUGAUGCCUCAGCUCAUUUAGUAGGACCUUUCAAUGAAAAGGCUCAUGCCUCUUUGUAAACUUCAAAAUAGGCUCUAUUACACUCUGGAUAAAAACUUGUUACUUAUUCAUGAUGAAGAGGCUACUCCCAAUAAAGCAAGUAUUGUCAUUAUUGCCUCUAAA